GAAAAUGGGCAUGAUAUUGGACCUUUAAACAUAUCAAAGUUUUUUCUUUUCAGUGCAAGUAAAAUACAUUUUGCACAUUCACUAUUUGCAAUUGGUCAAAUCUAAUUUCCCUAACAAAACAGCACUGACACAAACUACAAGUGUACUGUGUGUAUUCUACAACAUGUGGGAUGCUGUUUUAUUUUGUGUACAUUUUUGUUGCUGCUGUUUUUUUUCCAAAUCUUUUUUUAUUGUUUAUGGCAAAGGUCAUACAUAACUCAGUGUCUGUGACAUGAAAUAAAAACAGAAAAAGGACCGCCCCUUCAGAUAGCCUGCUUGAAUUUUUUUUACCCUAAGUCACUUUUUAUAGGCUAGUUAUGCAGUGGCCAUACAACAGCACAUAUAAAUAAAUAAUAAUAAUAAUGAUAAUAAUACAAAUAAUAAUAAACAAAGCAAUUUCAAUAGGGCUCUAAACACAAAAUUAAUUUAUAAAUGAUGUCAUUACCCCUUAAAUCAAGUUAUACAGUAUAGGACCAUAUAAUAUAAAUGUAUCUACCGUUUGCAUUUCAGAUACAACACAUAUUUAUUUUUUUAAAAAAAGUAUGGCCCAUUGCAUUUUCACAUUGCUCCCAUGACCUCCGCAGGUCGCCUCGAUGACACUGUGUUAAUGAAUGCCGGGAUGGACACCCUCCUAAAAUGCCAUUUUGUUUGCUUGUUAUCGUCACAUUAAUUACAAAUUCAUCAUCCCCAUUGUAAUAUCCUAAACGAGCGACCUUUGACUAUGUGGAUACACAGAUAAAAAUGUGUUUUAUUUUUGUCUGACUCAUAAUAAGGCUUCUAUGUUAUCUGCCUUUGAAAAUGUCACUGGUCCUGUCUCCUUCCUCCCAGUUCACCUUUUGGCAAAGAGAUGACUAGAAAGGUUCAUUGCAUGCGUUCAGACAAUCACAGUUCACUGUAUGUUUUUAAUUUUUGAAAGGAAUUUCCUUUCAUUGAACAUCUUCUUGUGAGACUUAAGUGUUGAUUAUCCUUAUGCUAUUCUUUGGUGUCAGCUGCCAACAACUGAUAAAUUGCCCGAUUUUUUCUUGCUUUUAUUUGACAGAUUUAUUCAGCUCAUAGAAUAUAUCACCUUACACAGCAAUCUAUGGUAUCUGUAGGGGACACGAGACCAUGAUAUCUAGUGAUUUAGCAAUUUAUAUUGCAGCAAUAUGUCAAAGGAAAUUGAUAUAUCUGCAAAUACCUAUGAGAAGCAUAUUGGUUAGUUGGAGACACGUCACAUAGUCUCAUAUUUUUUGCUUUUGGUUGACAUUAUUAAUGUCAAUAUGCUCUUCAUAUUCACAUUGACCCAUGGUUAUGGAAUCGUUAACAUAUUAAAUGUAAGUGAGGUGACAUUGAAAGUGACAAAAGUGCUUCUCAUGCUGAAACACAAUUAGAUCAUCUGACAUAUUCAUUAAUUAUGCCACCUUUGGUCCGCUUUUUGUCUCCAUAAAGGUCUCUGGCUGUAUCUCUCAUUCAAAUCUGUUCUUCUUCCGUAGAAGGCCUGCAUGCGCACAGUAUGCAGGGCUCCAGACCCCCUUUAUAAACCACGCCUGGGCCAGCUAGAAAGUCACAACUCUUGCAAACAGGGAGACAAAAAAGCUAAGUGCUGCUCAAAGCAAAGAACCUCCUGUCGUUUUAACCACUUCUGUUUUGCUGUGUUUACUAUGUGGAAGGCUGCAGUGCUGGCUGUGUGUCUGCUGGUGGCUGGGGUUCAGCCCUUGGACGACCCAACAUAUGGGGUGAAGCUCUGUGGCCGUGAGUUCAUCCGGGCAGUCAUCUUCACCUGUGGAGGCUCACGAUGGAAACGGUCGCUCAGGACUGCAGAUGUUUCAGAGGAUCCAUUCAGCUCCCGUCAGGAGGAGUCCUCGGAGGGCUUGAGUUACAAUCCCGCGGUGGAGAGCAUCCUCCAAAGGAACAGAGACCAAAGCUUCACAGAGAGAGAGAACCACGAGGGUGUGUUCAGCAGGUCGGCCCGCUCUUUCAUCAGCGACGAAAUCCUGGAAGCUCUACGCAAGGCUGACCGCAAGGGCAGGGACGUGGUGGUGGGCCUGUCCAACGCCUGCUGCAAGUGGGGCUGCAGCAAGAGCGAGAUCAGCUCCCUUUGCUGAGAGUCGACCUUUGCCCUCUGAGUGAAUACACCGGCAGACAACACAAACAGACACACUUCUUUUUUCCUCACACACUUCUCAUGAAUUUGAGGUCAUUUUAUAUUCAGUGUCUUUCAGUUAAACCGUUAUAUGAACUGUUUUUAUUUUUUUUUUUUUUUUUUUUAGUAUCUAUGAAGUGUAUGGAAAGGGCUGCCAUGUGUUCAAAAUGUUUAUAUAUAUAUAUUUCUGUUUAAAAAUGCCUUCUAGGCUUUGUAAUGAACAGCCUUAAUUAUUCAAUCUUGAAUCAAGCUGUCUUGUCCUUCCCACUAUAUCACACACACUGUUAUUAACUUAAUUUUUCAUUACCAGCUGAAUUGUACGUCUGAAAAUUCAAGGGAAUAUACUUUGUUAGGAUCAUUUGCAUAAAAAGUCACUAAUGUCUAAUCUUGUUUGUAAAUUAGAAGUAGAUUUGUUGGUAUUUUGCAUUUGUUUUUGUUGCAUUUGUUUCAUGGCACACUGAGCGCUAAAUGGGUUAAAGGUUCAGAUCCAUAAUAAAAAAUGUGUUAAAAGAACCAUAUCAUUGCCUUUUUAAGUAAUCUUUGUCUUUCCUCAAUUUUCUAAGGCUGAAAAUAAUCUCACUUCGCCUGAAAUACGCUGUGCUGGCACAUUUUGCAUGUGAUGCAUCUCCAUACUUCCAUAAAAUCCGACUUUGAGAAAGUGACCUUUUCAGGUCCCACAUUUAAAACUGAGUAAACGUACAGAAGUAUUUGGCCUAUCGGCAACAUUAAUUUAAAAAGUAAAUAAGUAUCUGCAUGAAAAUGACCUCUGUAGAAACCAAUAUAAGAGUAUUAGUCUAUAUAUUACAUUAUUAGAUAAUUAAUAUUGAUGCAUCAAUAUGUAAGCAGCCUUUUAGUGAUGUAGUAGAGGAGACUACAUUAUACUGUUUACAUUUUAGUCGAGGGGUUCAACAAUUUAAACCUAUAGGGCCUAUCCAAAAGGCCACAAGGUAAAUCUGAGGGGUCGUGGGAUGAUUAAUGUGGUAGGAAAGAAA